AUGACCGUCCAUGCUGUCUUAAAGGAGGCCCUAAAAGUCCGCGAGGAUAAGCGUUCAUCCUUCCCCGCCACCACUGUCGUCACGUUUCUCACGCUCUACCGCGCCGCAAACACCAUGCGCGUCCAUGUCACCGCCCGUCCAUGUCACCGCCCGUCCAUGCUCCUCCCCCGUCCACGCCCUCCCCCUGUCCACGCACUCCCAUUCGUCCAUACCCUCCCACCAGCUCUCGCACAUCGCGCACCGCCCGUCCAUGCUCCCCCACCCGUCCACGCCCUCCCCCCAUCCACGCAUUCCCAUCCGUCCAUACCCUCCCGCCCACUCGCGUUGUACACCAGGGUCGCCCCGCGCUCCUCCUCCUCCUCCUCCGCCUCGCCGCUCUCGUACAUCGCGCACUCCAGCAGCAGCUCACACUAG